CUCCAGAUGUGUAUGUGAAGCUGCAGCUGCUCCGUCGUAGCCUGCAGAGCCAGUGCAUCACUCUGUUGCAGCCAUGGCUUUCUGCAAACUACUCUCCAUGCUGGUACUGAUCCACAACACUGGAGGUUUGCUGGGAGCAGAAGUGAGUAGCUCCAUCAUUGGGGGACAGGAUGCUGCAGAGGGCAGGUGGCCCUGGAUGGUGCACAUUAACGUCACAUCUAAAAGCGGUGCCAGGUGGCGUUGCGGCGGCACCAUCCUCAACAGUGAGUGGGUGCUGACCUCUGCAAACUGCUGGGAUACUGCCCGAGAACCUGUUUUGCGGCGAUCAAUGAUUUUUAUUGGAGCACACAGCCUGCACAAGGCGGCUGAACGUUACUUGGGUAUACUUUAUGUCAUUCCUCACCCUGAGUAUCGAGCUGUGGGCAAACGCUAUGUCAACGACAUUGCUCUGGUGAAGAUGAAGAAGAAGCUGACAUUCUCAGAGGAGGUUCGUCCAGUGACUCUACCCAGUGAGGGCGACACCUUCAACGGAGCAUCUGAGUGUUGGCUCACCGGCUGGGGAGACAUUGGGAAUAAUACUCCACUGCCGGCUCCAGAAACCCUUCAAGAGCUGAAGAUUCUCAUCGUCCCUCAGAGCAUGUGUAAAUUAAAGUAUCCUGAGGUGACCCCUGACAUGCUGUGUGCUGGGGACGUGGGGAGGGAUGCCUGUAAAGUUUUCUGUGCUCCACAGGGGGAUUCCGGUGACCCCCUGAUGUGUCGGGCAGCUGGUGGCUACAUGCAGGUGGGCAUCAUGAGUUAUGGGAGCCCUGAUGGUUGUGCUCUCCCAGGCCGCCCCAGUGUUUUCACCCACGUCUCCAAGUAUCUGCACUUCAUCAAUGCCUACAUCCACCACGCCUAAGAAGCCUCAGCUGAAGUCUGAACUUCCUUGGAUCUGAAGCUGUGCAGUCUUCUCACCUAACAGGCCACCUUACUCUUUAAAGCUUCUCUCCUGUGUUGUACUGUCAGUACACGUUAUUUAUGCUGAUGAAUGUACUCUGGUUUCUUCUACUAAACACUUUGCAUUAAAGCUUUAGAGCAUUGA